CUCCUCCCUGCAGCCUUUUCCUCUCCAUCGCAGCUCCUUCUCUCCCCGAGGUCUCCAGGGCAGCGGUGGCACAGGGACAAGCCUGGACUUGCCCCUGGUCAUGGGGAGCAGCCGCCCUGCCCUUGUCCCCUGCGUGUGCAGGUGCUGGGCUGUGCUGGCCUCUUGUCCCUUGUCCCUCGUCCCUGGUCCCUCGUCCCUUGUCCCUGGUCCCUUGUCCCUCGUCCCUGGCAGUGCAGCCCCGAGGCGCUGCAGGAUUUGCAGGGCCAGCACCAAACCCCAAAUCCUGGCAGGGAGAGCAGCUCCCAGCCCUUCACCACACCCUGUAAAUCAAGGCGCUGAGGGAACCUCGUCCCUCCUUUCCUUCCCCCGUCCCGUUUCCCUUCCUCUUGCCCAGUUUGCCUUUUCCUUUCCCUCCCUCUCCACCCAUACUCCCACCAGGGCAGUGAAAGCACGGUUUCCGAGGCAGUGACACCUCGCAGAGGUUUUUGGGGUGGUGCAGCCCUGCCCUUGCUGCUGGGCGUUGGCGGGACGAGCUGUGAGACCCUGGCAGAGAGGGAGAUACAAGGCCGUAUUUAUUCCCGGUGGCACCCUGCUGCCAAGGCCCAGCCUUGCCGACUCCGAAGCAUCUGUGGGGAUCCUGACAAGCAAAUCCAACAGCAGGACGGCUGCAGGCUCUGAGAUGUGUGUCACUUCCCUGCCAGCACAGCUGGUUAAAUCGGGUGUGACCCCUGCCACCCCGCCCCUCCCCAGGCUUGGGGCCAUGGCUGACAUGAUUUUUGGCAGCGGGACGGGUGCCUGGGUUUGCCCCAACGACCGGCAGCUGGCCCUGCGAGCCAAGCUCCAGACGGGCUGGUCGGUGCACACGUUCCAGAGCGAGAAGCAGAGGAAGAUGCAGGCCCUGAGCCCCAAGGAGCUCGAGGUCAUCCUGGGAGUCAUCCGCAAGGCAGAGAAGCUGGACGCGGUGGAGCAGCAGCGCAUCGGGCGCCUGGUGGAGAGGCUGGAGAACAUGAGGAAGAACGCCAUGGGGAACGGCCUCUCGCAGUGCCUGCUCUGUGGGGAGACCCUGGGGCUGCUGGGCAGCUCCUCUGUCUUCUGCCAGGACUGCAAAAAGAAAGUUUGCACCAAGUGUGGGAUAGAAACUGUUGGAGCCCAGAAACGUCCUCUGUGGUUGUGCAAGAUCUGCAGCGAGCAGAGAGAGGUCUGGAAGAGGUCUGGGGCGUGGUUCUACAGAGGGCUGCCCAAGUACAUCAGGCCUUUGAAGAGCAGCAGCAGCAGCAGCAAACCCCUGGAGCUGCAGCCCCAGCCCUGGCAGGGAGAGGCGGCGGCGCCGGAGCCCGAGAGCGUCGGGAGCAGCCGCUCCUUCACCUGGGCCAGGGGAAAAGUGGUCUCCAGUGACAGCGAGAGCGACUCGGAGCUCAGUUCCUCCAGCCUGGAAGACAAACCCGUCCCUGUGGGAUCAAAAGGCUCUGCAGGGGGAAAGCUCCCAGCAGGAAUGGCGCCCACGAGGGGACCCGGCCAGGCCAGGAGCAGAGCCCUGGGGACCCCCCAGUCCCCCCGGCUGUCAGGGAGUCACAGCAGCCUGGGCAGCGAGCAGGAGAGUGGCCAGAGUGACCAAGCCUGGGACAGGCGCCACAGCGACGCCGCCACCGGCACCCCUGGCAGGCGACGAGUCCAUGCCAGAACACGGCCCUGAUGGGGGUGAAGAUGGGGGUGAAGACGGAGGUGAAGAUGGAGCUGCUCCUCCCUGGAUCCAGCACUCCCGUUCCUCGGAUUUCACUCUGCUGCCAGCGGUGACUCUGUGCUGCCGGCUCUCCCACAGGCGUUGGUGACACGGUGACAGCACCUGUCCUCUGUGAGCUCCCCCAGCAGAGGCACCAGGGCUGUGCUGCGCGCCUGGGGAAGGCGUUCCUGGUGUUCCCUGUCCUUGUUCAGGUCGGAGUGGCUUUGAUGGGGACAUCAGGAGGUCGUGCUCCCGUUCCCUCCCUCUGCUCAGGGUAAAGAAACACCCCGAGGAGUUUGCUGGGAUUUUUUUUUUUUUCCCCACCCCUCUUGGCUGUGCGGGGGCUGGUGUGAGGGUGUGGGGUCAGGGGAGAGGUGUGUUUGCCCCCCACCACCCCCCUGCCCUGCUGGCUGCCCACGAGUACCCAAAUUGGAUCACUGGGAUCGAAUGGCUUUACCCUGUAAAGCUCUGCGGAUCCCCCUCCCACGCGCACACCUUACACGAGCCAGCGCCUCUCUUUUGCCUUUUUCCUGGAAGCCUGGAGCAUCUGCCUGACUGUGCUGGUGUCAUCAUGAGUCAGGCUGCUGAAAACUGCGUGCCCCAGCCCUGCUCAUCCUCCAGGACGGACAAUUUCCCUCUAAGGCCUGACAGAUGAGAAAAAUCAAAUUACCUCACAUCUCUAGAGCAAUUAGAUCUUUGAAGACCCGAACAAAACCCGCACUGGGCUGGUAGGAGCCUGUGGAUUUUAUUAAAUGCUCUGGAGCUGACCUGUCUAUUAUGAUGAAACAAAGGAUUCCAAAAAAGUUCCCUCUGAAAUCAGGGAGUCAAAGGCAAUUUGUGCCCAUUAAUGCCAGCCUUUCCCCUCGGUUAUUACUCUUUUGUUCUGCUUCCCUUUGCGCCGGGCACUUUGUGUGCAUGUAGUGUGUGUUCUUACAAAUGGCUGCAGUAUGAAGAUAAAUGAGAUUGGGUGCUGGAGCACUCCAGCAGGAGAUCGGAAAUCAAUCCCUGACUUGCUUUUUAAAUGAACAUGGCCCAACAGAGGACCAUUCCCUCGCUGCUUGCCCACUUGAUGUGCUGUGGCGGGUUGCUGGUGAAACGCUUCCAGCCCUCCGUGAUCUGUUCUUGCCCUGUUACAGGCGAAAACAAACCCUUGGGGCACCGUGGGCUCCCUGAGAGGGCAGGAAAAGACAUCACUGGGUGUGGGGUCCACACCCUCAGUGCUGCAGGGAGCAAGGGGUGGGGCUGUUCUGCGCUGGGGGAUGUUUUAUGGCGUGCUCUGUGUCGUUAACCUGCCAUCAAGCUGCAUCCGUGGAAGGAAGGGGCGAUGCCAAAACCAUCAGCUGUGUCUGUGAAAUGCUGGUGUGGUUCCAGAGCUGUUUCUUCUGAGAGCUACGGUAGAGUCUUCGAUUCCCCAAGUGUUUGGGCACCAAGGAGAGUUCUGUUUUGCCUUGAAGCUUUUGACAGCCCGAGUGAGGCUUGUCUUGCUCAUUACUCCUCAGGCAGCCCGGCCUGCCAGCCAGAGUUAAUUCUACAGCAGAAGGAGAAGGAAAAAGACCUUUAGGAGUGGACUCUAUUUUCUUUGAACCCAUUAAUUUCUCAUCACCAGCUCUACACGGAGUUGGAGAGAGCUUUUCAAAUCAGGAGUGUCAUUUCUACCUCUCCUGGAGUCCCCUGUGCCUCACUCCUGGGCAGUGCAGCAGCUCAGUCGUGUCCUGUUCCCACUCUCAUUCCCCACACUGUGGGGUGCCAGCUCUGCAUUCCCAGGAGCCUGGCAAUCCUUGCUGUGCCACUGUGAGGCCUGAGCUCGACUUUUAACCGAGGCCAGCUUUUAUAAAGCAUUCUCAGAGAUGAAUUUGACACUGCUCUGCUGCCAAUGAGACCGGAAGCUUUCCUUUCUUACCUCUGUGUUUUAGCUCCACGGGGUAAUUCCAGCUGAGUUCAAACCAGAGCUGUUCAAUCAGCUGUGGAAAGGCUCCUCUUGGAUUGAGGGAAGGAUCUGGUCCUGGACCGUGUGAUCCAGGCACAACGGAAUGAGGAACAUCUGCAGCUCUGUGCGCUAUUUGAUUUUGAAGGCCACAUUUCCCUUUGUGAUGAUUCUCUUAGUUGUGUUUUUUGUUGGAAUAUUAUCCUAAACCAUUGAGUCUUUUCAGCUGGCUCAAUGUGGGCAGGAAGGGCUCAGUGAAUGUGUUCAGUCUGCUCUGGUCAUUUGUGUUUAUCGUUUUCUUGUUCUCAUCUCCAUCCCUCACAAUUUUUAUGUGGUGCUUUACUACUGGAAACAAUAAAGCUUUUCCUCGGUAACAA